GCGGCUCAAAUUGCCAGUGUUUUGCAUGGGGGUUGACUCUUUUCAGCAAGGAAUUCAGUCAUCAAUGAGCGGACAACUUUGGAACAGUCCUGCCGCAGUCACUCACUACAAGGAUUUCGUCUGAUAACGGGAGCUGGACUAAAACGUUAAAAUGUAUAGCGGAGUGAUUCUACUGAUGCUGGUCGUCGGGAUCUACACUGAUACUAUGGACCAAGGGCCAACAGCUGGCUGUACCUUUGACGAGGACUCCGACCCUGGGCUGUGUGAGUACAAGCAGGGACAGGAGGACGACUUUGACUGGCAGCUGAUGAGGACAUACAACUGGCCACACACCUCCCCAGACCUGCUGCGAGGCUCGUUCAUGAUGGUGAACUCGUCCCAGCAUGCCGCGGGGCAGCGGGCCCACCUCCUCCUCCAUUCGCUGAGUGAGAACGACACGCACUGCAUCCAGUUCAGCUACUUCCUGUACAGCCGCGACGGCCACUCCCCCGGGGAGCUGCAGCUCUACAUCAGGGUCAAUGGGGGGCCGUGGGGCAGUGCCGUGUGGAACGUCUCCGGGUCACAUGGACGCCAGUGGCACCAGGUGGAGCUAGCCGUCAGCACAUUCUGGCCCAGCGAAUACCAGGUGGUGUUUGAAGCAUCGGUCUCAGCAGAACGGCGAGGCUACAUCGCCAUUGACGACAUCCUGCUGCUCAAUUACCCCUGCUACAAGGUUCCCCACUUCUCUCGGCUGGGGGAUGUGGAGGUCAAUGCAGGGCAGAAUGCCACCUUCCAGUGUGUCGCCACGGGCAAAACUACAGAGACAGAACCCUUCCUACUGGAGCGUCGUAACGGUGUGGUUGUGGCGGCGUCCUCUAUCCAGCGUCUGAGCCACAAACGUCUGAUGGCCACCUUCCAAGUGGAGGCUGAGAGAGGGGAGCAGGACCUGUAUCGCUGCAUCACAGAGUCCGCACGCGGAGCUGCCGUGUCCAACUUCGCCGAGCUCAUUGUCAGAGUGCCCCCCACCCCCAUCGCUCCCCCCCAGCUGCUCCGGGCUGGCCCCACCUACCUGAUCAUUCAACUCAACACCAACUCCAUCGUGGGGGAUGGCCCUGUUAUCCGCCGUGAGAUCGAGUACCGGGCCAGCCAAUCACCAUGGUCGGAGACACACGGUGUGGGCUCGCUCACGUAUAAGGUGUGGCAUCUGGAGCCGGACACAGAGUACCGUAUCAGUGUUUUACUGACCCGGCCAGGGGAGGGAGGCACAGGGGCGCCUGGACCUCCCCUGGUCAGCAGGACCAAGUGUGCAGAGCCCAUGCGUGCGUUGCGAGGCCUCACAGCCAUAGAGAUCCAGCCUCGUCAACUAGUCUUACAGUGGGAACCUCUGGGCUACAACCUGACGCGCUGCCACACCUACUCCGUCUCUCUCUGCUACCGUUACUCCACACCUGCAGGGGGCAGUGCAGGGAACAAUGCCACAGUGAGGGAGUGUCUCUCUGUAGAGAGGAACCAAUCACACUUCACCCUGAGGGACCUGCCCCCGUUCCGCUCCGUCCACGUCCGGCUGGCGCUGGAAAAUCCAGAAGGCAAGAAAGAAGGCAGAGAGGUCACCUUUCAGACCGAGGAGGACAUUCCUGGUGGCAUCGUCCCAGAGUCACUGACUUUCACCCCAUUAGACGAAAUGAUCUUUCUGAAGUGGGAGGAGCCUGUGGAGCCCAAUGGGGUCAUCACACAGUAUGAGAUCAGUUACCAGGGCAUCGAGUCAUCCGACCCGGGUAUCAACGUACCAGGCCCUCGCCGUACUGUCUCCAAGCUGAGGAACGAGACAUACCACAUGUUCUCUGGUCUACACCCCGGCACCACCUACCUGGUGUCUGUUAGAGCUCGCACCGCCAAGGGCUUCGGGCAGACCGCCCUCACUGAGAUCACCACCAACAUCUCCGCCCCAGUGUUUGACUAUGAGGAUGUCCCAGCCCCACUCAGUGAGUCAGAGAGUACCAUCACUGUGCUGCUGAGACCUGCGUUGGGCAGAGGAGCACCAGUCAGUGCAUACCAGGUGGUGGUAGUAGAAGAGGACGGUUCUAGGCGGAUCAGGAGGAGGAGAAGGAGGGAGCUGGGUAGCGGUUCAGACUGUUUCCCUGUGCCAGCGUCCCAGGUGGAGGCCCAGUCUAAGGGGACGCCUCACUACUACACAGCUGAGCUGCCCCCCUCCAGUCUCCCUGAGGCCACUCCGUUCACCGUAGGGGACAACCACACCUAUAACGGCUACUGGAACACUCCCCUGGACCCCUCCAAGAACUACCUAGUCUUCUUCCAGGCUAUAAGCAACUUCAGAGGGGAGACGAGAAUGAACUGCAUCCGGAUUGCCCGUAAAGCUGCCUGUAAGGACCAUAAGAGGGCCUUGGAGGUGUCCCAACAUGCAGAGGACAUGGGUCUGAUCCUGGGGGCCUGUGCUGGCGGACUGGUGGUCCUCAUUCUGCUGCUGGGGGCCAUCGUCAUCAUCAUCAAGAAGGGAAGGGACUUCUAUUCUUACUCUUACUACUCCAGGAAGAAGGUAGCGCUGAACAAGGCAGCCAUGUCGUACCGUCAGGAGAAGACCAGGAAGCUAGGUUCUCUGGACUGCAGCAUGACAGAGCAGAGCACCCUGCAGCAGGAUGGGCGCACUGCUAACUCCUUCAUGGACGCCCACACCUGCAACACACGGAACGAACAGAGGAGUUCAGUGAACGAGUCCAGCAGCCUGUUGGGUGGUUCCCCUCGACACCACUGUCGUAGGAAGAGCUCUCCGUACCACACGGGUCAGCUUCACCCCGCCGUCAGGGUGGCAGACCUCCUCCAACACAUCAACCAGAUGAAGACUGGGGAGGGAUACGGCUUCAAACAGGAGUAUGAGAGCUUCUUUGAUGGAUGGGAUGUCACCAAGAAGAAGGACAAGACUAAAGGGAGACAUGACAGUUUGCUGGGGCAUGAUCGUCAUCGAGUCAAGCUACACUCUCUCCUAGCAGACCCCAACUCUGACUAUGGCAAUGCCAACUACAUAGACAUCCGGAUAAACAGGGAAGGGUACCAGCGAUCAAACCACUUCAUAGCCACCCAAGGUCCCAAGCAGGAGAUGAUCUAUGACUUCUGGAGGAUGGUGUGGCAGGAGAAUUGCUUCAGUAUUGUCAUGAUCACUAAACUGGUGGAGGUGGGCAGGAUGAAGUGCUGUAAGUAUUGGCCCGAGGACAGUGAACUCUAUGGAGACAUCAAGAUCACACUGCUGAAGACCGAAACACUGGCCGAGUACACCGUCCGCACCUUUGCUAUGGAGCGGAGGGGCUACCCAGCGAAACACGAGGUAUGUCAGUUCCACUUCACCUCCUGGCCAGAGCAUGGUGUUCCCUACCACGCCACAGGCCUGCUGGCCUUCCUACGCCGGGUCAAGGCCUCCACACCCCCCGAUGCUGGGCCCGUGGUCGUCCACUGCAGUAUGGGAGCAGGCAGAACAGGCUGCUACAUCGUACUGGACGUCAUGCUGGAUAUGGCAGAGUGUGAGGGAGUGGUUGACAUCUACAACUGUGUCAAGACCCUCUGCUCCAGACGCAUCAACAUGAUACAGACAGAGGAGCAGUAUGUGUUCAUCCAUGAUGCCAUUCUGGAGGCCUGUUUGUGUGGAGAGACAGCUAUACCUGUUCUUGAGUUUGCUCUGACCUAUAAGGAGAUGCUGAGGGUUGACUCACAGAGCAACACCUCCCAGCUACGAGAGGAGUUCCAGACGUUGAACUCUGUGACCCCUCACCUGGAUGUGGAGGAGUGCAGCGUAUCCCUGUUGCCGAGGAACCGCGAGAAGAACCGUAGCAUGGACGUCCUGCCCCCCGACCGCGCCCUGGCCUUCCUGGUUACCACCGAGGGUGUUGCCGAGGGCAACAACUACAUCAACGCCGCUCUCACUGACAGCUUCCACCGGCCCGCCGCCUUCGUGGUCACACCUCACCCGUUACCGGGAACCACGGCAGACUUCUGGAGGCUGGUCUAUGACUAUGGAUGUACCUCGGUGGUGAUGCUCAACCAGAUCAACCAGUCCAACUCUGCCUGGGUGAGAAGAGGGGAGCCAUGUCUAAAGUACUGGCCAGAGCCUGGGCUGCAGCAGUUUGGACCAAUGACAGUGGAGCUCCUGUCCAUGACGGCUGAUGAUGACGUCAUCAUUCGUCUGUUCCGGGUUCAGAACAUCAUGCGGCUCCAGGAAGGUCAGCUGGUGGUUCGGCAUUUCCAGUUCCUGCGCUGGUCUCCAUACCGUGACGUCCCAGACUCUAAGAAGGCUUUCCUCAGCCUCCUGGCCCAGGUCCACAACUGGCAGAGGGAGUGUGGAGAGGGACGUACCAUCGUCCACUGUCUUAACGGUGGUGGAAGGAGCGGUACGUUCUGUGCUUGUACCAUGCUGCUAGAGAUGAUCCGUCAUCACAGCCUGGUGGAUGUCUUCUAUGCUGCCAAGACGCUACGCAACUCCAAACCCAACAUGGUGGAGACCAUGGAGCAGUACCGGUUCUGCUAUGACCUGGCCUUGGAGUACCUGGACGCCUUGGACUGCCUGAGUGAGAUAGGAGUGAGAUAGCACUGAUCCCAGAUCAGCUAAGGCUCAGGGUAGAUAGAGUGGAGUACCUGGACGCCUUGGACUGCCUGAGUGAGAUAGAAGUGAGAUAGCACUGAUCCCAGAUCAGCUCAGGCCCAGAAGAAAUGGAGUGGAGUCCUGGACCUAGCCUGGAUCUCAGCCUGGGUCCACAUUACCUGGGCUUCCCAGCCUGGUCCUAGCCUGAGUCCACAGCUUGGGCCUGGAUCUGGGCCUGAGUCCACACUGCUCUGCUUCUCUCUCUACACUUCUACAUCUAGCACAGAUUUAUCAGACCUUCUCAACCCUAGAAGGAGUGUAGGGAUAGAGGCCUGGGACUCAGUCCGCUGCCUGAGUCCGACCUGGUCCACACCACCCCGUCCUGGGUUUUCCCUUGGGUCUACAGCCUGGGUCUAGCCAAGUUCCUGCUCUGCUUCUCUCUCGUCUCUUCCCCCCCAGGUCUGGGUGUAUCAGUGUAUCUGCUGCCAUAACGGACCUGGACAAAAAACUAUGAGAGCGAAAGAGAUGAUGGGACAUGCUUCUACCUUCUACCUGUCGUAUAAUGUACUCUUUUCCUUUCCCCUGCAUUCUUAUCCCAUCUGUAAGUUGCUCUUCUGUUCGGUGCCACAUACUAUCUGCCAAACACAAGGAAGAGGACAAGGAAAUGGGCAGGAUCGUCCUCUUCUCAUUGGACGUAUUUCUGGUCACCUGAGCACUGGUGGUAUACUCAAAGGUCUCCGCAACUUCCUGCCUUAUUUUAUUAUGUCAAUGACAACAAUAACAAUAACAUCGAAAAACACAAAAGCUGAAGUAUAACAACAAGACAAUGAUGUCACAACUGCAGCAGAUAAAAUAUGUCAACUAUUAGGUGAUUUUGUGUGUUUGUUUUGUAAUACGUAUAAUGAUCUUGUAAAUGAUGCAAUGAUCUACUGUUGGUGAACAUCCGAUGUUGUUACUGUACACUGGUGUUUUCUCUGGUGAGGCUGAAGAAGAAGUUUACAAAGAAAAUGACACUGAAAUGAUGUUUGGUGCAUCGAUCCGAUGGUCCUACUGUACAGAAAGGACCUAUCUGGUUUAUUAUUUAUUGUAUGUGUAAAUAGAUUGUUUUCCAGAUGUUUCUAGAUGUUUGUUGUCUUAACUCUGUGCCAAUUCAUUCUAUUUUGUCUAUGAACAACAUGGUCUCAUUAGAAUAAUGUCAAAAUAGUGACGUUUAACCAUUGUAAUGGUAUGCUAUCCAAUUACUUUUAUGUCACUUCUGGUGACAUAUUACUCCAUAUUUGUAAUGAGAUAUGUCUGCUAUAAAUUACAUUCUAGGUUUAUGUCACCCAAUUUGACAUAGUACUUAUGUAAUUUCUGGUGACAUAUUACUCCAUAUUUGUAAUGAGAUAUGUCUGCUAUAAAUGAGGACCACAUGAGCACCUGCAUGCCAGUCAGUUGUUAGUGUUUCCAUUGCAGUUUGUGACCCAGUCUGCUUCAGGGGACCGUCCCCACUGCUACCAGAGACUGGGAUUGCAAAAUUACAGUAGCUUUCCAAAAUCCCCAGAUUUGUCCUGAAAUGAAAUAAGCAAGAAGGGAAUCUCCCAACUGCGACACGUAUGACUUGGAAUCUUACUACUGGGAUUUCAGGAAACCUGGGACGUUCAGGGAAGUUACCUAAUUUUGCAACCCUAUGCGAGAACCCCAGAGAUAGUAAUGUAACAAAAAAAAUGACAUGAUUUGUCUCUAGCUGUGGGAACAAACGUGAUCAGUUUGCCGAAAUUAGUUGCUUUUUGCAUUUGUAUUUAUUCAUUCAAUGUUUUAUUUUAUAAUUGUGUAUAAAUGAAAAUAAAUAAAAUAUUAUGAUGUUGGUAAUAUCA